AUUGAUCGUUAAAUCAGUUUUGGAGCUCUAUGUAUGCUGAUAGGCUAGCAACUGCUAGGCUGUAGCUUCCUUGCGUGUCAAGCAUAAGGCUACUUACUUACUUACUUACCUAACGGUCCUAACCUACAGUUUUAGGAACGACAGGUUCCUUUAACCCACCAAAGAUAAUACCUACUACUCUACAACCUUCAUUACUGCUACUACAAAUAAAUCAACAUGGAGAUACUACUAGGAAUCACCGGCAAGGACUUCACGAUAAUCGCAGCUUCUAAGGCUGCGAUGCGAGGUCCUACCAUUCUCAAGGCUACCGAUGACAAGACGAGAUCGCUGAACAAGCAUACACUGGUUGCAUUCUCUGGCGAAGCUGGAGAUACAAUCCAAUUCUCUGAGUACAUCCAAGCAAACGCCCAGCUUUAUUCCAUGCGAAAUGAAAGCGACCUAUCUCCCACGGCUUUGGCGCACUACGUCCGCGGUGAGCUUGCGUCGAGCUUACGGUCGAGGAAGCCGUACAAUGUCAAUCUGCUUUUAGGAGGCGUCGAUCCCAUCACUCACAAGCCGAGCUUGUUCUGGCUGGACUACCUAGCAGCCCUAGCUGCUGUCCCCUAUGCCGCCCACGGCUACGCACAAUACUACUGCCUCUCCAUCCUAGAUAAGCACCACCAUCCAGACAUGACGCUUGUUCAAGGCCUCAAGGUGCUCGAGAUGUGCACGGACGAGCUGAAGCGACGUUUACCUAUUGAUUUCAAGGGCGUGAUAGUCAAGGUGGUUACAAAGGAUGGCAUUCGGGAGAUGGAGUUCAAUAAUGAUAAGAUUGUCAAGGGCGCAUAAGGCAGGGUCAAUGCUAAGGCUAGGUACUCGGAGUAGUGGCCACACGUGUAACAUUAGGGCCCUGGGCAAUAGGUGACAAUCACCAUAUCAUGGCCUAGUGUUGAAGUCGCAAGCUGGCCUUUGAAGUCUGUCUUAAUUGCAACUGCAUACUACGUACCUAGGCAUUUUCAUCUACGGAUUAUUUUGUGUGGUCAACCAGGCAGAGACCUGAACCGCUAUGACCAUAUCUUACCUGCUAGGGACAAGUGCUACAGCUACAACGCAUCGUGAAGGGCUAGGGGGUAUAUAGAAUACACAACGUCAUGACAAGUAAUUGUACUUUCCCUAAAUCAUCGUUGGGUUAGGUAGCAAGUAUUGUUUCUUUUAUUAGCCCGUGGAGCCUCGAGUAAUUAAAUGAUGUCUUUAGACGGACACUUCAUCCGCAUAGCUAGUAAUGACGAGAUUACGCACGAAAUAUUUGUUGGACAUGCUACUUACGUGGUCCCGUAUUUAUCCAUGGUACCUACCUAUAAUGUAAUUCAAA